AACAGCUCAGAAAGAUCUGAGGAAAUCGAUGCAACCCAUCUCAACUUGGCUCCACCACCAUGGCUGCCGCCCCUCAAUUCAACUCGGAUGCCCUUCGCGAAGUUUUGGAGUGCCCCAUCUGUAUGGAGUGCUUCAAUGAAGAACACCUGCGGCCCAAACUGCUCCACUGCGGCCACACCAUCUGCAAACAGUGUUCAGAGAAGCUCCUGGCCAGCAACAUCAAUGGGAUCCGUUGUCCCUUCUGUAGCAAAGUCACCAGGAUCACCAGCCUGGCUCAGCUGACUGACAAUCUCACCGUCUUGAAGAUCAUCGACACGGCCGGGCUGAGCGAGACCGUCGGCGUUCUCAUGUGCAAAGCCUGUGGACGGAGGCUGCCCAAGCAGUUCUGCAGGAGCUGCAGCCUGGUGCUGUGCGAGCCUUGCAAAGAGUCGGAACAUCUCCAGCAACAUCACAACGUGGUGGCCAUCAAAGAAGCCGCCGACGAGAAGAGGAGAGACUUCGGGGCCAGGCUGGGUCGCCUCCGAGAGCUGAUGGGGGACCUUCAGAAGAGGAAAGUGUCUCUGGAAGGGGUUUCGAAGGACCUCCAAGGCAGGUACAAAGCUGUCCUCCAAGAGUACGGCAAAGAAGAGCGCAAGGUCCAAGAAGAGUUGGCCAGGUCGCGGAAGUUCUUCACCGGCUCCCUCUCCGAGGUGGAGAAGGUGAACAGCCAGAUCAUGGAGGAACAAGCUUACCUCCUCAACAUUGCCGAGGUCCAGAUCGUCUCACGCUGCGAUUACUUCCUCGCCAAAAUCAAACAGGGAGACAUCGCCCUCCUGGAGGAGGAAGGAGAAGAGGAGGAACCGGAGUUGAUGAACAGCCUUCCCAAAGAGCUGACCUUGCAAGAGGUGGAACUCCUCAAGGUCGGUCAUAUCGGACCCCUCCAGAUAGGACAAGUAGUCAAAAAACCCCGGAGCAUCAACAUCGAGGAGACCUUGAUGGAGACAACGGCGGAAGCGUCGGGGUCCUUCAGAGAAGCAGAUCUCCCUGCGGAAGAGGUCAACCCGUUGUCCCAUUGCUCUUCGCCUGCAAAACCAAGGAUGCCCGAGGCGACCUCCAGCAUCCAGCAGUGCCACUUCCUCAAGAAAAUGGGCUCAAAGGGUAACACGCCAGGCACGUUCAACCUGCCCGUCAGCCUCCAUGUCACCCCGCAAGGAGAGGUCCUCGUGGCGGACCGGGGCAACUUCCGGAUCCAAGUCUUCACCCGUAAGGGUUUUUUGAAGGAAAUCCGCCGGAGCCCGAGCGGGAUCGACAGUUUCGUGCUCAGCUUCCUUGGGGCCGACUUGCCCAACCUGACUCCCUUGUCGGUCACCAUGAACUGCCACGGGCUGAUCGGGGUCACCGACAGCUACGACAACUCGAUGAAAGUCUACACCCUCGAUGGGCACUGUGUGGCAUGCCACCGAAGCCAGCUGAGCAAGCCGUGGGGCAUCGCCGCCUUGCCUUCCGGUCAGUUUGUGGUGACUGACGUCGAAGGAGGCAAGCUGUGGUGCUUCACGGUGGACCGGGGUGUCGGGGUGGUGAAGUACAGCUGCCUCUGCAGCGCCGUGCGACCGAAAUUCGUCACUUGCGACGCCGAAGGGACCAUCUACUUCACCCAGGGGCUGGGCCUGAACCUGGAGAACCGCCAGCACGAACAUCACCUGGAAGGCGGCUUUUCCAUUGGCUCCGUCGGUUCGGACGGACAGCUGGGCCGACAAAUCAGUCACUUCUUUUCCGAGAACGAAGAUUUCCGCUGCAUCGCCGGCAUGUGUGUGGACUCACGGGGGGAUCUGAUUGUGGCCGACAGCAGCCGCAAAGAGAUCUUACAUUUCCCCAAAGGUGGCGGCUACAAUAUCCUCAUCCGAGAAGGUCUGACCUGCCCCGUUGGCAUAGCUGUCACUCCCAAAGGUCAGUUGUUGGUGCUGGACUGCUGGGAUCAUUGCAUUAAGAUUUAUAGUUACCACUUGCGAAGGUAUUCCACACCUUAAGAUGGGAAAACACACACACACACGCAUCUCUUUGUCCUCCACUCCCUCUUCCCAUAUCAAUUCUUCCAAGGUCGGCUGACCGAUAGUGGUGCCAACACGUUUUGUGCCAUAAACGUCAAAACUGGGGCGAUAGUUGCUCCGAUUUUUAGCGUGUGUUUGUUUUAGAACAAAGACUGCACGUUUCUGUUUGCAAGCAUAGAGUGUGUUUUGUUUUUCUUUUUAACACACACACACACACACACACACCAGAAUUCACGACUUCUUGGUAAGAGGAGCUGCCUGGCAACGCAGUCUUCGUCCAAACACAACUUUGGACUUGGCACUCUAGCUGCAGGCAACAGGCAAAACGGUUUGCGGUGAUGUCAACUGGCCAAUGGAAAAACCCUUCUGAAGUAGAAAAUCAGCCAGCUGCGAGAGGUGUGAGUUAAGUUGGGUUCUGCACACCCAACUUAAGAAGAUGCUGGAUGGAUACAAGAGAAUUUUUCUCCAUCCUUUCCAUCUCAUUUUUUUGGGCAAACUCUUUCUUUCUCCAUUCAUGUGUACAAAUGCUAAAUGCCUAUAUGUGUGCAUGUUUUUUUUUUUAAAAAAUCCCAUUAACCCUGGCCAGCUCUCUUCACUCCCCACUCUUGGCACCUUUCACAAAACACAACUGCACUCCUUAUAAGCCAACCCACAGGAUCAGGAAACUAACACUCCACUUCAAAAGCAACUUCUAGUGGUUGUUUUUAAAUGCCUCCAAAAUGCUAAAGCUCCCGUUUUUUGUUUUUUUUUAUGUCCUCCCAUCUGAGGCCUCUUGUCUGACGUGAAGUAGGUCUUGUUUGGUUUGAAAAAAACAAAAGAAAAGAAACUGGAAACUUUUAAA